CCUCAUCUCUCUCAGCUUCCCAACUCUGCAGCAGCCUCUCUCCAAGCAUCCAGCUUUUUGUUCCAAAGCACUCCUCGCCAGACCUCCCCAAUACACUAGUAACACUACAUCCCAAGAUGCAGAUCAAGACCCUCAUCGUCGCCCUCUUUGCCGGCAUCGCCAUGGCCAUGCCCACCGACCCGCCCAAGAACGGCGGCGGUGGCGGCAGCACCCCUCCCACCACCCCGCCGACCACUCCCCCCGGCGGCGGCAGCGGAGACUAUGACGCGUGCGAGGGCAACGGGCUCCUCUACAGCAGCGCCCAGUGCUGCGCCACCGACGUCCUCGGCGUUGCCGACCUGGACUGCGCCGUCCCCCCGUCUCUUCCCACCUCGGCCAGCGGCUUCACCGACAUUUGCGCCGCGCUGGGCCAACGUGCUCGCUGCUGUGUGCUCCCUCUCGCCGGCCAAGCUGUCCUUUGCCAGGCCCCAGUCGGAGCCUAAAUUGGCUGCUCAUCUGCGCCAGGACAUUAUUCUGCUGCUGGAUAGCUCCCCAAGAGAUGUCAAUGUCUUUCUCCCAACUCAGUUGAAGGGAUCGUUUGUGGGAUGGAGAUUCUUCAGUUAGAACCGGGGGGCUGGUCUCUUGGUGCUUGAAGGCCAGCCCCUGUUCCCCAGAAUCUUUACUCCCCUUUCUUCCCCUUUUUGGCUGAUUGUCGCCGAGAGACGCUGCUUUACUUCAACACACCUUAUCCUCCAUCCCAGCCUCACAAGGGAAGCCGGUUGGCCUCGGUUUCUUUUCACGUUCUUUUUUUUCAAAAACCAUGGGUUGCAUUUGAUUUCUUUCUUGUCCACGGGGGAAUCGGAGAAACUGCGCAGUUGUGCUUUUGGGGUUUGGGAGCUGAGAAAAUUCCGGAGUGAAGAUGGUUCAUCUUUGACAUAUAUCUCUCGGCUUGAUAAUUGGCUUACAAAGUAGAUAGUCGGGAGUCCGUUUUUGGCAAAUUCAAAGAAACCAUUCAACUCC